AUGGACAAGUCCGGCGUUCGACAAGCUGUGAAAACCUUCAUUGAGACUAAUCAUUACUGUCCCAGGCCAGUCCUUCCAGAUUCUUAUGCGCAGAAUCUGUGGAAGAUUUUCUCUCGGCGAUAUAUUUUUACAAGUCGAGAGAUUCUCCGUGGCACUUCACUACCGGACUUGGGGACACUUUUCAUUCAGGCGGUAGCUGAUGAGUUGAAAGGGCCUGGACAGCGUUGA